CUGGUAUAAAAAACCAAUGAGCUCAGGUAGAUACAUAAACUAUGCCUCAUAUGCAGACAUAUCAACAAAAACAAACAUUAUCCUGGGCCUGAAGAAGAGAAUCUUGGAGAUAACACACGAGACCUUCAAAAAACCAGCAAUUGCCAGACUCAAGAAUAUACUGGCCGACAAUGGCUACCCCAACAGACUCCUACAGAAUCUACUAAACACAGACCACUAUCCCAUCAUUAGAGAAGAAAGGGAAGAAGAAAACCAAGACCCAGAGGCUUCAAUCAAGUUUGGCUCACUGCCUUACAUCAGGGAGCUAACCCCGGAACUUCUGAAGUUGUUGAGACCACAUGUGAAUAUGAAAAUAGGGAAAUACAACAUGGUAACAAACAGACAAUUUUUCAAGACAUCUCAAGAUAAAAUAGAUAAAAACAAACGUAAGAACAUUGUCUACAAGAUUAACUGUAGACACUGCCCCCUGACCUAUAUUGGACAAACCUCACAGUCCUUGGGGAGGAGGAUGACACUCCACAGAAGCGAUUCGAGAUUGAGACCUGAGCGCUGUGCACUUGCGAGACACGUUAACUCCACAGACCAUCAAAUGGAUUAUGAAAGUGUUGAAAUCCUGGACCAAGAAAGUAACUACAACAAGCGCAUCUUCUUGGAAAUGUGCUAUAUCAAGGAAAAUAAUGCGAUGAAUGAUAGAUCCGACACUAACAACCUGAGCAGUAUAUACAGUUUCUUACUUACUUGUGACAGAAAACUAUCUAGUGCCGCCACUGCCUCGACUUCGACUGUGUGACAAUUUAAAAAAGUGCAUUCAUUACCCCUAAAACUAUAUUUUAUUUUGUUUUUGACUUAGUUCAAAUGACUAGAUAAGGUGUUUUAUAUUGACUUCAAAAUUUUGUUUAAUGUUUGUGUUCACGUGAUAAUUAUUCUUAGAACUAUUAGUGGAGAAGAAGAACUUUUGACUGAUGACUGUUGACACUUCAUGGACCAUAGACUAACCUUAGAUUGAAAAUUGCUACGACGACACGAGUUAUUCUGAGUCCUCAAAAUUGAACUUAAUAGGACUUAUUUUGUAUUUUGGGGUGAUACUUGGUGUUCUAAUGGUAUGAGAACAUUAAGAUCCCACUUGAUUUCUGAGUUGCCGCUUUUAUGUCAUAGCUUCUUACUCCUGAAGAUGUCCCAAACUGGGGACGAAAUAUAGAGUAUGAGAACGAA